CGUGAAAAGAGAGCUGCUUCGUUUGUCUUGUGUUUCCUUCACUACGUUUCAGAUCAUACUCUCAGCACUUUCCGCCAUUCGUAGUCUACAUUACUAUUCCCUCCCAUCUCUGGAAUCAUUGAUAGCACCUUCAUAGCACUACAUGAUGCUAGGAAGAACACCCACGGCAGCUCUUCGCUCGGGUCGGGCACUGAGAGUUCGUCGACCAGUCCAUGUCCCUCCAAAGCCUCGCAACAUCCGCUUCCAGUCUACAGCUCCCACCAAAACUGCUACCGAUGCCUCGUCAUCUUCAAGCCAGGCUCUUCUGGGAGGCUUGGCUGGUGGCACUUUUGCCUUCGUGCUAGGAUACAUGUGGUAUCAGUUCUCGGGUGCCAAAACUGCCUUGAACACGAUACACUCGACGAAAGCCUACGUGGACGAUGCCUUCAAGAAGACGACUCAGAACGCCCCGGAGCCUAAUCAAGCCAUCCAGUGGCUGAGGGAGACGGUACAAAGCUACACAAGGAUGAUUCCUGGGGCCUCAAAAUACGUCGACUCUGCUUUCGAGGAUGUGGACAAGGUUCGGGAGAAGCAUGGAGACGAAGUAGACGAAAUCGUCAACGAUACCUACACGAAGCUGAAGGAUGUCACCAAGAAGGGGUUCAGCAUGGAAGCUGUCGUGCAAGUUUGGGGAAUUCUUGAAGAUUGUUUCAAGCGAAUUGGCAGUCUGGCAGCCAGCGCUGGACAAGACAUCCUAGACAACCACCCCCAGUUGAAGAGUCAGUUUGGAGGCAGGUUCGAACAACUACAGCAGAUGGGCGAGCAGUAUGGCCCGGAAGCCAAGAAGGCAGUUGACGAGACCUGGCAGCAGGCGCGCGACAUUCUGGCGGGCGGUGUCAGCUUCUCGACAGUGCAGAAACUUCAAGAUCUAUUGCAAGAGAAGGCACAACAGCUGAAGAAGUACGGCGACCAAGCCUGGCAGAAGGGUAUGGAGCAGGCCAAGCCGCUCUUGGACAAGCAACCGCAGAUAAAGAAGCUCAUCGAGGAGAACAAGUCAAAGCUGCUCCGUGGAGAUCUAGGUCAAUUAUGGCAGAAGGUCCAAGAGGCGGCUCAGUCAGGGAAUACAGACGACCUGCAAAAGUUCGUCAAGGACCAAGUAGACAAAGCCUCCGAAAAUGCCGGGGGUGGCAUUGAGCAGUUGCUCAACAUGAUGCCUGGUGGAUCAGAGAUUGGAACAAAGCUGCAGCAGUUGCAGGAGCUCAGCCAAAAGCAUGGACAGGAGGCAGAAAAGCUGGUCAAAAGUGCAAUUGAGGAUGUGAAGAAGGUGUUGUCCAAGAAGGUUGAAGAAGGACAGCAACUAAAGGAGAAGGUCAAGUCGGAGGCAUAAGUGCCAUCUCUGGGAUUCGAGAAGGAUCAAAAGCCAGUGUUUCAGCUGGAGGAGAUGGCCAAACAAAAGGCGAUACUGGUUUCCCUGCAGGAUUACGGACCAAAACGAGCGCUAGCCCACGAUACCUAGGUCUUGAAAGGCGAACUGCCUGGGCGGAAUUGAUUGAUAAUACUUCCAUAUAUACAUACUAUCACGCAAAAACCUGC